AUGGCAGAGCUCAUGGAAGCCUGGUGGCAAGCUGAAAUAGGUAGCCGAGUCGUUCAGCAAGCCCCGUUGGGCGUUCCCAAUGGUUCGACCGGGCCUCCGGCGUCGAACCCUUCUCAGCCCACUUCGCAAGGAGGACCUUCGGCUUCAGGAGUCAGUUCGGUGUUCCAGGAACUUCCCAACGAGAUCAAGGACCUGGUCCUCAUGGCUGCCAGUAACCCCCACACACCCAACAUGCGUUUCGUUCUGCUCAGACAAGCCGUCAUUCACGAGACCGACGCCUGCCCAAGGGUUGCCCCCAAUCCGGGGUGCAUGUGUUACCGCAAGCGGCCCAACUACAUCACGUUCUGGCCACUCCGCCAUCGGCAUCUCGUCGAGUAUCCAGAAUACGCCAUCUUGUGCAACAGUAGGAACUUCAAGCGUCCCAGAGACGUCAUCGCCGCCACGCACCGCAAGGUCCGGGGCUUGGUGAAGCGCGAACGACGGUUGGAUCGUUUUCCGCAGAAGCUGGGUGACUGGAGCUUGACGCAGGUCGUGUACGAUGACAGGAUUCCCGCCCUGGAGGUGGGCGACCCGUACGACUGCAACCUGGACGACCUCGUCUUCGUCCACAUCCCGACCUUCCGCGGCAUGGGGCCGUAUCUGUACGAGUCACACUUCAACUCUCACCCGCAGGUCACCUGGGACCCGCUGCUCGGGCAGCUCACCUCGAUCGCCAUCAACAUACUCAACUGGGAAGCAAUGGGCGACGACGACGCGAUUCAGACGGUCUACGACCGCAUGCAGAUCGGGCACACGUGGGAAUUGGAGGCCCAGGAGGGCACGCAGAACAUUCUCAACGGUCGAAUGCCCGCCAAGUGGCCGCCCCUUCGACCGUCCGGCUCGGUCACCACUGGUGGUGAACCACAACCCGUGUGGCAUCCAGAAACCCCCCAGCGGCGGGUCCGCCGGCCGGCCAACAUCCCCGACCCUUUGCUAACGAACCUCUCUGACUUUUUCCAGCCCCAGUGGGUGCAGAACAUGCGCAUCCUAACGGACGUUUUCACGUCGCUCCAGAAGCUCUACCUCGUCGACCUGACCGGGUUCAACAUGCUGGACGACGCCCUGCGCGAGAAGAUGCACCGGUACCUCGACACGCCCGCCGGCGACGACGAGUGCUUCUGGUGCCACUGCAGCCACCCGGGCAAGCCCAGGACCUGGGGCGGCCUGGAAGACGUCGAGUUCGUCGAGGUGAGGAAGUGUGCCGCGAUGGAGGACCUGGAGAUCAGCGUCACCAAGUUUGAGGAAUUCCGUCACUACGCCUCCCACCUGUGGCCGCGCACAGAUAUCAACAAGCGUCCAUGGACCCGGCCCAUGCCGGCUUUCAAGUUGGUGGUGCCUUACAUGCGCCGGCGGUAG